CGACGACGACGACAGCAGCGACGGCGGUGGCGGCAGCCCGGUUCCACUGAUAAUCGUCCAAUUCCAUUCAAGCCGCUCGAUCGCGAGUUUCACGGCCGCGCGCUAGCGCUCUCCACGUCUACGUCUCUGUCGCACACGCCUCAUUCGCCGUCCGCGGUUCUAUUCAUUUUUUGUCUCGCUAAAAAAUCACAAAAAUUUUUUUCUAACCCCGCACAGCGUGUAUCUUAUUUAUUUGUAAAAAAAAAAAAAAAAUUCCGUCUACAACUAUAAACGAGAAACACCCAUCUCGGUCGUGUGGUGGUGUCUGUUUACUGUAACCGAACAAGACUACGCCCGCGUUGGUAUUUUUUCUUUUUCUUUUUGAAAAAGGCUCGUUUUAUUUGUUUUGUCCACUUCGAAUUAUUUUCGAUUGCGGUCCAGACAAACAUCUCUCACUAUCUGCAAAUUAAGAUCGCCGAGUGUGCCGCCGCGUCCGCGACCGAGUGACACCGCCAACGGUCAUCGUCAAGUCGACUGCAGAGGAACACAUGUCAAGUUGGUGGUAGAAUGGGCAAGAAAGGCAAGAAGACUAGAUGGCGGGAGCUGCCCAUCACGUUAGGAGACAAACCGUACACGGCGCCGGACCACCCGCACCAACAGUCUGGCCGACACGCGACCGACGCCAGACCGGUGAACUUUGCCGCUGCAGCCGGUAGACGUGGAGGUGGAGGAGGUAGCACUCACCAUCAUCUGCACCAGCAGCCGUACCGAGUCGGGGGAGGUAACUAUGGGGUGUCCAACGUGGGCAGCCAGUCAAACUCCACCUCCACCACGACCACCACUUCCACCACCACUGUUACUUUCAACGAAGAAGAGUACACGAAGAUUACGACGCCUAGACAGGACGUUUUGUUCAAAAAAGGUUAUCUUGGAAGACGCAAAAAUGCUUCGGUGCCGGUCAUUAAUGAGGUUGCGAACGAGAAUGAAGAUGUUCUAAACGCAGACGCCAUCGGUCAGGGGGAAGAAAUGUGUCCGUCCGACGAGUAUGUUGACCCCUCUGCAAUGUACAUCAUUAACGGUGGCGGAUAUGAAGUUUACGACCCGUAUACUGGAAACGUUACCGUGGUUAUGGGCCCAGCGCCGGGUCAUUACCCACCAGCCGGUCAUCCAAUGAUGGCUACCAUGCCGUACCAACCAAUGCCAAUCCAACCUGUCGAAUGGUUUAACCCGGCCAACAUACAACCACACCUUGGUAAUGAACCGUGGACUCCUGGCGUUUACCAAUCCCAUAGACACAAUAAAAAGCACGCAUCUGCAGAUGCACAGCAAAACUGCAGUGCUCAGAGCUCGGAGGAGGGUAGUAGUGUCCACGAACUCGGUUCCGACGAUCAACAACACGCAUUGUAUCAACCGGCCCAACCAUAUGUCUACCCGGGAUAUAUGUUUGGUGCACCUUUGUACAACUAUAACGGUAUGAGUAUCCAAAUGCCACUGCCUCAAUCUCCUCCUUCACCGUCGAUAAGCUGCGAUUACACUAAUAGUAAACGACGCAAGAAGAAGAAACGCAGAAAGCGAGGAGGCACCACCGAGGAGUAUUCGGAUUCAAGUUCAGAGGAACAAAAGAGUCAGUCGGGUGCCAGCAGUGACUUGAUACUCGACUCAGAGAAGACUUCCGAUUCGGGUGUGUUGACCAACAACAGCGGUGGUUCGACACCGGUGAACGUUAUUCCCGUCCAGUUAUCUCAUAACGCUGCACCCUUUCACAUGGAAUGCUCUCCUCAACCGUUCGAAAUCCUCCACGGGCCACCGAUCCUGGUCCAUCACCAUGCGGAUCCAAUGGCCGCGUUCUACCAUCCGAUACCGCAAUACACUGACCACCUGACACCCAUCGGAUACCAAGCGAUACCGGAAGAACCGAUGCCGAUCGAGCCGUCGACGGACGACCGACCGAACGGCGAACCGACCGCCGGGUAUUCGGCCGAGAACUCCGAUUCCGGUAUAAGUUCACCCAACAGCGAAGUGAUGGUCAAAGAGUCGGAGGAGGGCAAGCACGUGAAAACUCAGGCCGCCAACGACGGAACGGGACAAACGACGACGACAACGACGUCGACGAAAAAGAACAGGAACAAGAAGACGAAACAGCGACAAACAGCGGGCGACAAGGCCGUCCAGUCGGCAGCGGCGAAAACCAAAAAGAAGGAAUCACAGAAAACGCACCACGAGGGAGGUAAGAAAUCGUCGAAAAUCGCCAUGGAACCACCCAUCAUUAAGAUGUUGAACGCUAAAAAAGCCAAAUCCAAGUCCGACCCGGAUAAAGACGGUGGCAAGUGUUCUGCCGGCAAGGGAGAACCGAAGCCGGCAGUGACGAAAACCGAGGUAGUGGCCGCCGAGAUCGGUCAGUUGUCGAUCAACCCUACCUCGGACUGGGUGCAAGACGAAGAGUUCUGUUCGCUGGAGUGCACGCCCAGGUCGCUGGCCGAUGAUCACCGGUUCGAGUUCGCUAAAACGCGUUCUGUUGACUCGUGCGAUUCCGUCGAAGAGGAGACGUUCGCCACGGCCGUAAACACCGGAUACUCGGACACCGAAAACGAGAUCGGCUGCAGGCAAGAAGACGCUGUACCGGCGGUUAAGACUGACGACGAUACGGAGACGGUGCCGACACGCGCGGCGGCCACCGUACCCGGACCCAUUACCGAGGCCGUAACCAAGUGGCUCAACGACCAGGGCGGCUUGAAACUGGUAGUACCGCCCUCGUCGUGCCUACAAGACGACGACGACACCGAAAUAACGACCGACGACGAGGCCGACAGCGAGUACGACGACUUCGAAGAACAGCCGAUGAGUCCAAAAAACGUGCCAAGCAACCCUUGUCCCUUUGCGCCGUCUCCUAGCGGUGGCAAAGGCACGGGGGUUGCUGCCGUAGUUGCCGCUGGUGCAAACGAACCAACGCCUCAACAGCCCAACGGCGGUAUGCUGCCCAAUGGUGGCAUAUGUUGUCUGACCCAAUAAACGUGGCCACGGGCAGACCACAAUGACUCUUAAUUUUAUAAUGUUACAUCGGAAUCGAAUUAAAAUAAUAAUUAAAGAUGCCCAGUAUGUACAAAAUAUAUCUAAUAAUAUAUAAGACAAGCAAACGAGGACGAUAGAUUUUUGGGUCCAGUAAAAUUAUCCUUACUUUUAUUAUUAAUAUUACAUACAAAUUAAGAAGGCCCUAUCUAUGCAGUUCCUCUCCGCGUUAAACAACAAAACAACUAUUAUAUGAAUAACAUAAACUACUAUAAUCAGUUCUAUACAAGUAGGUUUAAUCUAUCCCAGACCAUAAUAUUUUAACAUAAUAUAAACAUAAGUAUAAAGUUUUCGACUAUUAUAAUAAUAUACCUAUAAUAAUACAUACAUAAAAAACAACAAAGAAAAAACAUCUGCAUUUGAUGACCGGAUUUUAAUACGACUAUUUGUUUCGUUCAUUUAAUUUUUCAAAUUUAAAUGUAUUUUUUCACCAUUAAAAUAAGUGGUGUAAUUAUGAGACUGUUUUUGGAUCUUCCCGAUGGGAAUAAUUUGUUAAUAAGUUCAUUAUACAAUUUGUUAACCGUUAUACAUUAAAAUAAAAUAUUUUUGUCGUAAACAAUCAUUUUUUGGAAUAACAAGUUAUAAAAUUUCGUUCGUUGUUGUGAUUAUUUUGUUUUAAAAUCAUUUAAUACCUAAACAGUCUAAUGGAUGGGUGCGGUGUGCCUCUGGUCUAUACUUAUACUAAAAUAUCGGAAUUUCGUUUUAAAUAAUAAUAACUAUACUUUAUUCUAGUAUUCUUAUUUGGUAAUUACUGUAAUAAUAUCUUCUGAUUUAGUGAAAAAUAAUAAAGAGUUUCGAGUUGCUUGAAAUAGAAAAUCAAUACUCCAAUAUUUGACUUGUAGUACAAUUUAAUAUAAAAUAAUUUUUAGAAAAUAUAUUUUAACACAAUAUUAUUACAAUCCCGUUUUCUUAAAAUCAAUUUAUUAUAGCUUUACAAUAUUUUUUUAAAAUAUAUCAAAUUUUUCUUUUAUAAUUUGUAAAUAAAUAUUAUUUGAGUAGAAAAUUUUCGUAUGUUUUCUUAAUCUAACAAAUGUGAUUGAGUAUACUUAAUAUUAACAUCGGGGUUUUAUGGAUUUUUAAGUAUAAAUUGGAAAAUACUUAAUUUGUUUUGGGAUUUGUUAAACAUUAACCAUUUCAACAUCGCUCAAUUACUAGUUAUUAUUAUUUUUUUAUGUAGUUCUUAAAUGUUUCUUUAAAAAAAUAAUUGUAAUUAUAACUAAUUAACAAUAUUACCGAACAAAAGAAAAUAUAAUAUAAUAUAUUCUAGAUAAUUUUUAGUCUGUAAUUGUUUACCCUAAUAAAAAUUAUUAUUAGAUAAUUUUAUAUUAUCUAAUUAUUUGUGUAAUUUUGUAUAAUUUUGUGACCGAUCGACAACGGCACUGUCUGAAUUUGGUGCUUAUACUUAAAAAAUAAUAACUUAAGCCUAAUCUAUGAUUAGUAGGCAUUUAUAUAGGAAUGAACCGAUAAAAUGUUUAGCUUAUUUUAAAUUGUUUGGGUGAUAUAUAUCUAAUUAAAUUUAGCGUGAGGCUACCUGGAUAUUAUUUAUAAUACAGUGUUAAUGUUAUUAGAGAAAUUUAAUUUGUUAUAAAAUAUUUGAUAAUCGGUUUAAAGAAUCCCACAAUGAUUACUUUUUUAUAAAUAAUAUUUGAAUAACAAAAUAUAGUUUUAUUUUCUAAAAAUUAAUUUUUUAACUUGUAAUAGUGUAUUACAUAAUUAUGUAUUAUGAUAUGUAUAAUGACGUUUCCAUAUAAUUUUCAUGAUAUUUCGCUUGCAAAUUAAUAACUGCGGUUAAUACUUGUAAUUAGAAAAUAAUUACUAUUAUAAAGGUAUUGCGUCAUCAGUAUAACAUUUUACAAUUGUAGUUUCAAGUUCUUAUAAUAUACAUUGAUUAAAUAGUCUUUACUAUGUUAAUAACUAAAUAUUUUAAAAUUGUACACAUUAUUCGCAAUAGCCAUUAAAUAAUUUCAUUAUUUGUAAUAAAAUGUUUAAUCUUCACAGCUGUAUAAACUAAUUUAUUGGCAUUGUUAGCAACAAAUAAAAUAAAAUCUAUGUUCAAUUAAUUUAAAGUGAAAUUAUAAUAAUAUAAUAUAUUGUGUAACAUUAUCUAUUAAUAUAUAUUAAUAUCUCAGUAAUUUUUUAUUACAAACAAUUUUAAAGACUUUUGUUACGAAUUACAAUCAUUAUAUUAUAUACUGUAUUAUUAUAAAUUCUGCACUAAUUAUAUUUUAAAAUAAAAAUACAUAAAAUCAGUAUUAGGUUUUGAAAAACUUCUCAAGUUUUCAUGUUCUUAAAGAAUCAAAUACGUAUAACAUAAUCAUCGUUAUCUGUACGGUUUAACUGGCCCCCCAAAAUAAUUACUAGCGUGUAACCUACAAAGAUAUGAGGCUUUUGAUAUUUAAGUGCCUUAGGUCAUUCCUUAAUGAAAACAAAAAUCGAAAUUAUUUGUUACAAUAUAUAUUUUGUUUUGUUGUUUGCUGUUCAACAACAUCGCAUUGCUUUGUUUUUUACGUAAGACAUUGCAGGUCACUAAACUAUUAUUAUUAUAUUAUUAUGUACAUGGUUGAUAUGCAUGCUGAUUUUAUUUUAUUGUUCCAAAACUCGAAUAAGAUAUUUUAAUGUUUAUUAAAUAAAGACGUUAAACUACAACAA